AACGUAUAUCCCUUUGCCCAUUCCUCUGACUAGGACCCUUGAAACCAAACACAUUCACCUUCUGGUUCUCAUCUGUCCACUCUCUUAUAUGUAGAUGUUACUUUAUGCUCUGUCUUCUCUUCAGAGGAACUAAAGUGAAUUGAGUCAGAGAAAAAGCGGAAGAUAGAAAGGGAGAGGCCAAGAGAGAGAGAGAGUAACAUGGAUGCUUGUUUUCUUACCUCAAGAUCAAUCUCUGGUAACAAAGAGAUUGUCCCGUUGAUCAAAGCCAGAAUCUUUGCUUGUCCCAAGAGAAAUUCCGGCCAAUUUCUCACCCGGAAGGUGGCUUCUCCGAUCUCUGUAAAUUGUUCUCUUUCGGAUUCAUGGAAGCCACUGGAGGAUGAUGCUGAUCUCUUCAAGGAUUGUGUCAACAAUUCUGCAGCAGAUGCAGACUGGAGAGAAUUCAGGGCAAGGCUCGUAGCUGGAGAAGAAGCUGCAACCUCCGAGAAGGACUCGUCCUCGUGGUCUAACCCGGACAUGGUGGUGGACUAUCCGUCAUCAUCAUCAUCAUCAUCAUCUUCCUCACUGAUCACAAUUGGAAACAAAUGGGCACACAAGAUCCACGAGCCAGAGACAGGAUGUCUCCUAAUCGCCACCGAGAAGCUAGACGGAGUCCACAUAUUCGAGAAGACGGUGAUCCUCCUCCUUUCUGUUGGACCCUCAGGUCCUAUAGGAGUCAUCCUCAACCGUCCAUCGCUGAUGUCGAUCAAGGAGACCAAAUCAACGGUCUUAGACAUGGCGGGAACGUUUUCAGACAAAAGACUCUUCUUUGGUGGACCUUUGGAAGAAGGGUUGUUCUUGGUUAGCCCGAGGAGUGGUGGAGACAACGAGGUUGGGAAGAGCGGAGUGUUCAGACAAGUUAUGAAAGGGUUGUACUACGGGACGAGAGAGAGUGUAGGCUUGGCUGCAGAGAUGGUGAAGAGGAAUUUGGUGGGAAGAAGUGAGCUUAGAUUCUUUGAUGGGUAUUGUGGUUGGGAGAAAGAGCAGUUGAAAGCAGAGAUCUUGGGAGGGUAUUGGACUGUUGCUGCUUGUAGCUCUAGUGUUGUUGAGCUUGGUUCGGCUGUUCAAAGUCAUGGUCUUUGGGAUGAGAUUCUUGGUCUUAUUGGGCCUCAAACAGGCUCUGUUAUCUAAACUCUUUUUCUUUGGGUGUAAUGGUGGUUUUUUCACUAAUGGUUUGUGGUUCGAUUGUGUGUAUUGAGGAUUCAUAACUAAUUUACUUGAGUGUUUCUUGUUUAGUAAUCUAUAAAAGUUUUAUACAAUGAAUUUCGUGGUAUUUUUUUGAUAA